AUGCAAAUUAAACAGCAACUUGAAACUAUCGUCACUAAACAAAAUGAGUUAAAUCGACUGAAACAACAAUUCAUCCCUCAAAGCAAAUACCCCGUCAGUAGUGAUCAUUAUUACUAUACAAAUACUGGACUUUUGUCUACAUUACAAACAAAUGAAGGUGAUUAUGAAAUACAAAGAGGCCUCCUCAACUCAAUGGAUACUGACGGAAGCUGUCGUGCAACCUCUGAAGUUGAUUACUGGCGUAAUAUUGCUUUGAAAAUGAAUUGGGAAUUAGAAAAUCUUAAAGAUGAUGCAAAUGUUCUUGUAGAUAUACUCACAUUAUUACAAUGUCAACAUCAGAAAUGCUGA